AUGCCGGGGAUAGAAACCAAGGCCACGGUUGGAUCCAGCAGGAGUCUGCCUAACAGCACCCCCUGCUUGAGCUAUUGGCAGCGCACGACGCGUGCAUUUCCCCACCUCUUCGCCAACCAGCAGAAUGCGGUUCCCUCCACCAGAAAAUAUGUCAUCAUCGGCUCUGGAAUAGCCGGCGGACUCACCGCGUUCGAGCUUCUCGAAGCAGGGGUCGCGGGUGAAGACAUCGUGAUUUUGGAGGCGCGCGAGGCAGCAAGCGGCGCCAGUUCGCGCAACGCGGGCCAUGUCCGACCGGAUGCCUUUCGUGGGUUCAAUGCCUACUCCAAAGUCCACGGCCCGGAACAAGCUCUGAAAAUCAUUGCCAACGAGCGGCUGGUCCUCCAGAAGGUAGACGAGUUUGUCAACAAGCACAACGUACCGUGCGACUUCAACCUGACCACGACUUUCGAUGUCUGCAUGACACCCGACUUUGCGAAGUAUGAAGCAGACAGCCUCCAGGCAUAUCAACAGGCCGGAGGUGAUGUGUCGCACAUUCGAUUCUAUGAAGGAGCAGAGGCCCAGGCGAAAACAAGAAUUCCUGGGGCGAUGGCGGCCUACGAAUGGCCCGCUGGGUCCAGCCACCCAGCCAAGCUGGCUCAAUUUCUGCUGCAAUCCGCCAUAAGCCGCGGGGCAGAACUCCUUACCUUUUGUCCAGCCAUGGAGGUGACUCGAAAUGGCGCCUUGUGGGAUGUCCACAGCCCCCGUGGGGUGAUCACGGCGGAGAAAGUCAUUCACUGCACCAACGCUCAUGCCGCUCUCUUGCUGCCACUACUCGAAGCUUACGUUCGACCGAAUCGUGCGCAGGCCCACUCGCUAGUUCCAACCCCGGCCUUUGCAGCCGAGAAAGCCCUUCAAUCCACAUUUUCGCUGCGGUACAGCCUCUACCACUUCUAUUCUCUCAUCCAGCGCAAAGGGGAUGGUACCCUCAUCCUGGGAGUGUCUCGAUCCAACCCGACGUUGAGUGCAGACACCCUAGCUGGUCGCUUCAGCACCGAUGAUUCUCGGUAUAGCGAGGAAAUCGCCCAGGAUGCCUUGCGGAGCUUCAGCGCGCUGUUCCCCGAAUACGGCUCGGGUGACCAGGAGAUUAUGCACGGCGAAGGCUUAGAUCAUGCCUGGACGGGAAUCAUCGCGAUGACGACGGACUCAGUUCCCUUUGUUGGUGCAAUCAAUUCAUUGCCAGGUCAAUACAUUUGUGCAGGGUUUAACGGACAUGGGAUGGCGCGUAUCUUUACCUGUGCUCCAGGGGUUGCGAAGAUUGUGCUUGGGCAUGAUUGGAGCGAAACUGGCCUGCCGGAGUGUUUCCAAUUCAGCCAUGAAAGGCUCACUCGACUUGCCAAUGGGAAUGUGCCUUCAAUAUGGUGA